UACCAGUUGCUGCGCUUUGCGUCUCAGAGAACCCGCGCACCUUGUGCCAUUUUGCAAACGUUUGAUUUGUUUGGAGUAAAGGUAUUUCUGAAAGAAACAGAAAAGAAAGAAAUUCCUGUUUACUUUUUAAGUGUCGAUUUCUAUUGUGCUCUACUGUAUUUCUUUGUGUGUUUUGACAUUUUCUCCGUGUUUUCAACUUCCUUGAGGAUUAAAUUUCGAGAAGAAUUUACUUGGAAUUAAGAUCGAAGUCGUGCUCCACCCCUGCGGUGUCUUAAACCAUGUCGUAUUACACGAACGCAACACUGGCGACGGGGCUUAUCGCCUACAUUGGGAAUAACCUGACCUCAACAACAAAUUCGAGCCUUGUCCCGCCCGACAUGGAAAAUGGCACAACGAAUUUGACAGAUGAUGAGAUCCUCCGAGGCUUACUUGGGCCCAGGAGAAACAAACUGUCCACAACUAUCAUAUUGACCAUAGUGUACUGUUUGAUCUUCGUGGCCGGGUUAGUGGGCAACACGUGCACGUGUAUAGUGAUUACGAGAAAUAACUACAUGCACACGGCGACAAAUUACUAUCUCUUCAGUCUGGCGAUUUCAGAUGUUCUCACCAUUAUUUUAGCCCUUCCACCCGAGCUGUUCUCCAUCUGGCAAGCAUAUCCGUGGAUAUUUGGCAAGCCGUUCUGUAUCUUCAAGACAUUUCUCUCCGAGACAACCUACGCUGCUUCCAUCCUAACAAUCACCGCCUUCACAGUCGAAAGAUACAUCGCCAUUUGCCACCCAAUUAAAGCGCAGAUGAUCAGUAACCUAUCACGUGCUGUCAAGGUCAUACUGCUGGUUUGGGUCAUCGCGUGCUGCAGUGCCUCCCCCUAUAUGCACUACGUGGACCUUUUUUAUGCUGCCUAUAGAAAUGUCACUCCCAUAGAAGCUAGUUUGACUUGUAACAUUCCUCAGGAAAAGUUUGCAGACGCUGUGCCACUAUUUCAAAUCUCUGCUUUUCUAUUCUUUGUUACUCCAAUGUGCAUUAUUUCAGUACUUUAUAUUCUGAUUGGAAUAACACUUAAACGCUCUGGAUUAUCACGCCGGGCCUCAGAUGACCGGGCUACGUCAACACAAAUGCAGUCCCGAAGAGCAGUGCUAAAGAUGCUAGUUGCUGUGGUGGUGGCGUUUUUUAUCUGCUGGGCGCCGUUCCACAUCCAGCGACUCCUUACCAUCUACCUGCCGGCCGAGGUAUACACGGACACGUUCAAUGCCGUCUACACACAGAUUUUUUACGUUUCUGGCACCUUGUAUUUCGUCAGCUCGACGGUGAAUCCCAUCCUCUACAACCUGAUGUCGCGGAAGUAUAGGGAGGCAUUCAAAAUGACACUGUGCCGGUGUUGCUAUUCAAAAGAGGUGCUCCGAAGAGGAGGACGGGGUAAAUACAUGAUAGGGAGGACCUCGUCGUUACAUUCGAGUUGUAAUUACACACAAACUACAAGAAUACCGGGGAGUAUACGCAGUCACCCCGGGGCAUUGCAGAAAAAUAACAAUCAUGAUACAAGUAGUACUCGCGCGAGUGAAAAACGUGCAAGUGACCCUCAGAGGAAGAAUCUAAUACCGCACGGUAUGUCAGAGGAGAAAACGUACAGUAGUGUAAACAAUGGUAGUACUACAAGCGGCGCAUGCCCUGAUAUCAAAAUCACGGACCCACGUGGCUGUGACGUGACGCCGCGAGAUCGCGUGCGCAAGGAUAGCGCUAGCAAACGUGGCGAUAGCAGUAAAUCGGUGCACGGUGUGACGGUCUAUUUUCCUAGACAUCAGAUUAUUACGGGAAAUACUAAGAAGCCUGGAAGCUUUGUUUAGAUAUUAAAUUUCUGGUGUAAAUGAAUUAUGUUUCCUGGAUAUCUCUUCUAACUACUAUUUUGACCAGCAGGGGGAAGUGAUUCUCUGAAGAGCCGCGCUACCAGUGAUCAAGACAAAAUUGGAGUAUGCAUUAGUUGACCUUGAGUCAUGGCCUUUUUUAAAAAUGCGAAAAAUUGCUGAAAUUCAAAAUCUUAAAAUCACUGGAGACACAUAUGAUUCAAAUUCUAAUGCUAAAUUUUUGACUCACUUGGUUAUGCCCUCUGGACCACCUAUUUCAUGAAUGAAUCGUCGAUCACUUGGAAAGUCACCCAAAUAUUUGCGAUAAUGGAAAUAGCGCCAGGACUACACGAGAGGCUACUUUCAGAAUAGAUAAUUUCAUAUUUCAGAAAGUUAUACCUCUAGUGGCGUGUAAACGAGGCCAUAAACACUCCGGGUAAGCACUGAUAGUUAACAGUCCGCCUUUUGGUGCGAUUUUUUUAUCGGAAACUUGGAUCAUCAUGUCACCUUUGGCACACUUUCAUCAAUAUCUUCCACGGGGCGUUUUAUUAUUCUGUCGAAAUCAUGUAAAAUAAGCAUAUUUCCAUAUUUCUCUGACGGGAAAUUGAUGGGAGAAGUAUUCGUUUUCAUUGCUGAUUCACCUUGGGAGCCUUGUUCAUAACCAGCUGGAGGAAAGUAAUCAUUGAGUUUUUCAUCGGGGAGUCGUUUGUUUUGACCUGCGUGAAGUCUGUGGAGUCUCGACACUAUUUAAAGUUAAACUGCAUAGCGCCAUUCAGAUUUAUUGCAAGGUGAUAUAGUGUGGAGAGACCUGGAAUACGAGACCGGUGUGGAAUGUUUUUCAUAUCGUUCUGGCCAAAACUACUUAGUUGAACUCAGGAAUGUGACCAGAUCACAUUUACCAAACUUAAACUGGCUUUAAAAUAUUUUCCUAAAUAUAAUUCAUGUAACACAGAUUAUCAUUUUAGGUUAGUGUCAUAUAAGGGGACUGCGUUAAUCGUUGUUAACCAGACAUUGUUUUUGAUAAGUUCUACUGACAGAACGGUUCUGAACGUGAACAUUUUUGUCCCUUGCAAGUCUUAUGCGUGGUUGAAUGGCAAUUGAUGUUCUGGAAAGGAACCUUCAACUGAUUGUGAAUAUUGUUUUGCUCAUAAAUAAAGUUGAUAAUGUCAU